AUGAUGCAACAACCGGGGGUAUGGGAGACUAUACAACAGAUGGAAGCUAAGUUGAAUGGGUUGCUUGAAAAGGAUGAACAAUAUUGGAGGCAAAGGAGUCGAGCUUUAUGGUUGCAAUGGGGGGAUCGAAAUACAAAAUAUUUUCAUCAUAAAGCUUCUGCCCGACAAAAGAAUAAUGAGAUUAAGGGACUUCAAGAUCAUAUGGGUGUUUGGGAAGAGGAAGUGGUCCGAGCAGUGAAAGAGAUGAAUCCUACCAAAGCACCUGGAGCGGAUGGACUUCCAGCACUUUUCUACCAAAAAUUUUGGUCCAAACUAAAAACGGAUGUGGUAGCUGUGUGUUUAAAUGUGUUGAAUAAGGGGGCAGAUCUGCAGUGUCUAAAUGAUACAGUGGUGGCAUUGAUACCUAAAGUUGAUAAACCUCAAAGAAUUGAAGAGUUUCAGCCUAUUAGUCUUUGUAAUGGUCGACUCAUACAUGACAAUGCCAUUGUGGGGUAUGAAAGUUUGCAUGUGAUGCGGAAGAAUAGAUUUCAGAAUGGUUCAAAAGUUGCUUUGAAAUUGGAUAUGGUGAAGGCAUAUGAUCCGGUGGAAUGGAGAUUUUUAGAAGCUAUGAUGGGCCGAGUACUUCCACAGCGAGGGUUACGACAAGGUGACCCACUUUCACCAUUUUUGUUUUUACUCUGUGCUGAAGCUUUUUCAUGUCUUAUUCAACAUGCUGAACAACAAGGUAGAUUACAUGGGAUUGUGUUUGGAAGGCAGAGAGUAACGGUGUCGCAUCUUUUCUUUGUGGAUGACAGUCUAGUGUUUCUUGAUGCAACUGAAGCUGAAUGUAGAUGCUUCAAAGAGUUGUUGGCGAAGUACCCUAUUGCAUCUGGUCAACUUGUUAAUUUCCACAAAUCUGAGAUGUGCUUUGGUCGCUCUGUUUCUGGUUCGGUUAGGACUCACUUGGCUACUUUCAUGGGAGUGAAAGUGGUAGAUAACUACGGGAAGUAUUUGGGACUGCCAUCUUUUGUGGGCGAACAAAGAAGCAACAUUUUGAGUUCAUUAGGAAUAAGCCAAGUGUUAAAGGCUAGUUAUUACCCAAAUGGAGGGGUAUUGGAGGCUAAAUGUGGGAAUCAUGCGUCCUUUGUUUGGAGAAGUUUAGUGUGGGGGAAGAAGAUUAUUCAAGCUGGGUAUCGAUGGCGAAUUGGGAAUGGGAAUUCAGUAAGGGUUCUUGAGGACUCGUGGCUGCCUAGGCCGGUUACUUUCAAAAUUUAUGAUAAGCCUUCGUUACCGGAUCAACUCCAUGUCAUUUAUUUGAAGAAAGGGAGUGGGGAAUGGGAUGAGGAGUUUGUUAGAGUUGUCUUCAAUCCAACGGAUGCUGAGUUAAUUCUUCAAAUGGCCACUUCGGAAUGUGAUAUUGAAGAUAAGAUCCUAUGGCAUUAUAGUAAGGACGGGGAAUAUUCAGUUCGUAGUGGCUAUCGUAUGGCGGCGGCUUUACAGAUCAGAGAUAUUCAAUCUGAUACAGAGUCUUCUGAGCGAUGGUGGAGACAACUUUGGAAGCUCAAAAUUCUGCUAAAGGUGAAGCAUUUUGUAUGGAAAAUGGCCCAUUCUUGGAUACCAACCAAUUCGGCUCUUGCUCAUCGGAAAAUUCAGGUUGAGCCUUAUUGUAUUCGGUGUUCUAGUGGUGCUUAUGAAAAUGUUUUUCAUGCAUUAUGGGGAUGUAGAGUGAACUGUGACGUGUCGAAAAUUGCUGGGCUCUCUGGCAAAAUUAAGAGACAAGGUAAGGAAGAUGUUCUUGCUUUUUUGAUGAGAUUGUCAAGUAGUUUGGUAAAGGAGGACUUUGAGUUUUUUCUGGUUUUGUCUUGGAAUCUUUGGUAUAUUAGAAAUUCGGUUAACCAUGGGGGACACAAACCCGCAGCUGCUGCAAUUGUUGACUGGUGCAGCAAGUUCACUGUUGAAUUUCGAGAUGGUUCUUCACCGAAGAAGGAUGGAGCACAGAGGGCUGCUGCUCGUUGGGUUGCACCAAUAGUGAGGAAAGAGCUAUCUCCCCUUCAUGCUGAGCUUACUGCAAUAGCAGAUGGGCUUAAGGUCAGGUUGCAGCAGCAGCUGCCUUCUUUUACUGUGGAAUCCGAUUGUUUGCAGGCCGUUAAUUUGGUGUUGAAAGAUGAGGGGGGCUGUCGAGAUGUUGAUGGACUUAUUACUCAUAUUAGAAGUCUUUUGCAAGAUGUAAGGGUUCACGGGAUCUCUUUUGUUUAUAGGGAAGCAAAUCAAGUUGCUCAUGUAUUAGCCAAUGAAGCUUUGAUUAACAAAGCUAGUGCAAUGUGGGUUGGGGUUGUACCCCCUUGUGCGAGACAAGCGGUUCAGCUUGACUCGCCUAAUCUUAUGUAA